AUGUUACCACAAGACAGUGACAGUGACAUCAGUGAAAGUUUCCCAAGCAGUGAAGCACACUGCAUUAUUAAUGCAUCAACAGGAACAAUAACCCCUCAAAUUCUCACUGGUAUGGACUAUUUCAAUUCAAUCAUGGAUUUGCAUCAACCAGUCACUCGUCUUCCGUCAGGACUAUUUCUAACACAAACAUUCCUCGGUCCAAUAAUAUCAGGGAUAGUAGAGGACUUCUACUCAACAGUACAGAAUCGAAACGGAAAAAUAUAUGUAAGAUUUCCUUGGAAAUCCAACAAGAAUCGAUUGGCUAACAAUUACAGUUUAGCCCUGAGUAGGCUACACCAGUUAUUCAAGAUGAAAGAGAAAAGUCCUGAAUGCUGGGAGGAAUACUGCAGGAUUAUUGAAGAACAAUUCGAGAAAAGGUUCAUAGAAGAUGCCCCGUAUACUACAACACCUGAUAGCUCAACACCAUGUUAUUACAUCCCUCAUCAAGCCGUUAUUAAGUCUGAAAGUUCAACUACCAAAACGCUAUACGCAGAAAUGGCUAUACGCCUGACUACUACCCCAGCACAAAUUCAGCAAUACAUCACAGAAUUCAAUUGCAAC